AUGACCGAUGUUGGUCGCAGAUACGGUGUGGCUAUCAGCGACUCUUCAACAGUUUUUGCUUAUUUAACCGAUAAAAAAGAUGCCAAGAAAAAAGGUUUGUCCAUUUUCAUAAUUCUGUUUCAAUGUAUAAAUUUAGGUGAUAUGAAUAUCGUCCUGGUAGAGAAUGUAUCACAGAAAAGACAAAUUUUGGCCACACCGAACAUCAGAAGGCUGGUCAUCGAGAUGUAUUCCGUUUUCGACAAAUGCCAGAAAGGUUCAUCACCCGACAGAUGUCUUGAUACGGCGACUUCUUGUACAUUUUCUCGAGCAUAUAGAUCUGUUCUCUACAAUGCAGCGAUUGCACAUUCCGGUACAGAUUUCAUGACAGAUUUCGCACUCUGGUCACUGUAUGAAAAACUUUGGUUUGGAAGAGGUGACAGUUCAAUAUGUGCUGAUAUGGUUUCUUGGGCCAACGAAACUUUCACGUUCUCUAAAGAAGCUAUGGAUACAGCUGCUGAUGAUCUAACACCAGGAAAAGCUCCUUCAGAAGAAUUCUGGAGAGGUGUCGCUAUCACACUUCUAAGCAGCAAUUUCAAUGACUGCAUAGAGCUUUUAGUUCUUCUUGGAAAAAAUCCAGAGUUGGAGGCUUUUAUUGAUGUACUCUCUUUUUUCAAUCCGGAAAAUUUAUCAGACGAGGCUCUAUCAGAUACCGUAAACGAGUGGAAAGAUCUAAUGAGGGAAAACUUAGCCAGCGGAAAAUACGGAAACAACGAGAAUCUCAAAUAUCUCACAAAACUGCUUCUCGGGGAUGAUCGUUAUUUGCAAUCGGUAGCGCCUCGAGUUCUUCAACACUGGUGGCAUUUUCUACCGUUCUUUGUACUCGUAAAGAAUCCGUUUGCUGGACAUGCCGAGCUCAUGGAUUUGGCUAUUGAGUGUCGGUCGUGGUUCGUUGGAGAAGAGGAGGAAAAUGCUAGAGAAAAGGAUGUUUUCUGGUGUCUUAUAGCUAAAGACGACAACAAUUUCCUACAGCUAAUCUCUUCGAAUCCAUGGUUGGCAGUCCAUCUCGUGGAUCUUAUUCAAAAGUCAACUCUUGAUCCUGAGUUUGAGGUUAUGAGAAGAAUGCAAAUGCUCGACUACGCAAGUGUGUUGAUUUCACAUUCACCACUAUGGGAAAUCGGAUUCGGAUAUCUUAUCGCCUGUGGGACAGAGGGACUUCUUCGUUUGGAGUCUCAUAUCGAAGGGAUGCAUAUUGAAGACGACGAAAUGGCUGAACAACUUCUUGAAAUUUGCGAAUCGAAUCGUUUAGAAGAUUCAAAAAGCUGCGUAACCAAUACGAUGACGAUUCGUUAUUUGAAGCAGAAUGAAUGGAGUGCUGCACUUUCAUGGGCUCUCAAAACCGGUUCCAAAAAAACAAUCGACUGGACUGUAUCACGUAUAGUCAGUUCAAGUUCGAAAGACGAAUUGGCCGCUCUUCGAGUGUUGUCAUCAAUAACCAAUAACUCGGUUCUGUCUCUCCCAUCAUUGACCUUCCUCUAUUCGUACCAAAGAUUUGUCAAAAUGAUGCAUAGUGGAGAUGUUCUGGAUUGUGUUCAAAAUCUAAUUCCACUUAUUAUGAUGCCUGAUGUGCCAACUCAGUACUACUACGAUCUUUUCGGCUAUUUGAUCACCAUUAUCAAAGAAGACGGACGGACUGGGAUCCCAUUCUCUAAAGAAAUCCUCUAUGAACUUUCGACAUUUCUCUCCACAUUCACACUCGAUAAGAGCAGAACAUUGAACGAUAGCUACAUGAGAAAGGUGAAAACUCUCAAGAAAAUGGUCCUUCUGAAGCUUGCGGAUUCGGUGGCAAAAGGAAUUGGUUGUACUUGA